AUGAGAUUUUCCGCCGCCAACCUCGCCCUAGCCGCCAUCGCCGCGCUCAGCACCACCGCCCUCGCCUCCCCCGCGGGCCUCGACGCCCGCCAGGCCGCCAACGACGACGCCCCGAAGCCGGCGGCCGACUACUGCUGCUGCGACAGCCGGACCAACAGCUACAACUGCAAGGUGCCCGCGGCCGAGGGCGGCGCCCCGGACCCCUUCUGCACGAAGCAGCUGUGCCCGCACGACGUCGAGACGCAGAAGCAGUGCUGCUGCUGCUGGCCGAACGACGAGCCGUGGACCGUUAAGUGCAAGGCCGUGCCCAAGGACGAGGCGUGCGCGUGUCCAGCGAUUUAUUGCCCGUUCACGUGGGGCGAGCAGUACCUGCCCGGAUACCCGUGGACUUCGCCUGCUUAG